UCCCAAAAAGUUGGGUGCCGCGAAGCCGGUCUGGGCGCGGCCCCGAGCAGGCGGCGGCGGCAGCGAGGCGGUGCCGUCGCCUGGGAGGAUUCCGGCAGCCGUCGGCAGUCCCUAGGUACAGGACAGUGCUCUCUCCAGACCCAAGAGCAGGCUCUGCAGCAUCAGCAGUUCCCAUGCAGGAGUUUCUACGUGGGCAUCUCCAGUUCUGCUUGCUGUGACCUUCCAGGCUGCCAAGGAGACGUGAGGCUCUGCCGGGGACCUGCCAGCCUUGUGUGAUGAGCAGCCACUUGCCAGAACUCACACCAAGCUUCCCGGGACACUGAGCUGCAGCUUGGCAUCCUGACCGCUUCUGAUUCCUUGCUGUGCUGCUGGCAGGGUGAGAUUGAUGUCCAGUUUGGGACGCUGGGCAGGGCCAAGCCCAUCACCAUCCUCUGUGCCCUUGGCAGGCUGGGGGACCAAGCUGGACCCCUCACUCUAAGGGGGCUCUGUGUGAGCGAGGGACGGGUUUGAGGCUGUCCAUAUUCAUCCUGGUGGGAAGAGCCACCUCCUUUCCAUCUGGGAACCGUGUCACUGCUGGAAGCUGGAAAUGGCACCACAUGCACCACAGGCCAGAGCCAGCAGCCUGGCAGCAGGGCAGUAGCUGAGCCUGAGCACCGUCCCCCAGGGCUUGGAGCUGCCUGGGGGGCUGCCGGAGUCCCCAGCACAGGCGUGCCCCAGGGAUGUAGGAGCCGGGAGCAGGAGGGGCCCUGCAGCCAUGGGCAGGCUGGACGACCAUGCCAAGAGGAGGAUCGUGGAGCUGCGCCGGGCUGGGCUGAGCUUCCGCAAGAUCAAGAAGGUGCUGGAGCUGGACGACAUCCGGGUGACGCCGCAGGCCGUGUACCUCUUCCUCAAGAGGAAGAGCGUGGAGCUGGGGCUGGCAGCACCUGGCUGGGACAGGGACCAGCCCUGGCCUCCAUUGCAGGGGCACGAGGCUGAGCCCCCCAGGCUGCUGGGCACCCGGCCCCCUGCAGUGCCCCUGGGGGAUCCCACAGGCAGCCAGGACACCAAGGAGAGCAUCCAGAUGGUUAGUGUGGCCUCCCUCUGCAAGGACGAUGGGCAGCUCGGGGACACCCUGCCCGUGGGGCCGGCCCCUGGGAAUGGUGACGACAGCUCCACAGGCACCCUCUUGGCUCCGGGGAGCUGCCCCGCUCUGAGGGGCUUGGCCACCCCCCAUCAGCCACUGCCCAGCCGAGGGCGGCUGGUCACACCUCACACCAGGAACCCAGCCCUGGUGGUGAAGAAGACAACUGUAGACAGGGCUGUUCUCUGGCAGAAAAAGGUCAAAGAUGCCAGCACUCAGACUGCCCUGCCGAACGCCUUGGGUCCAGAAAAUCACCAACUUGCUUGGGGUGUGCCAGUGCCCCCCUCUGCUCCCAGUUCCCAAGCCAUUGCUGAGAAGCUGGACACUGUGCAGAUGGAGGUGCAGAGGCUGAGCCAGGCCCUGCACGUGGUGCUGGAGCAGCAGUGCCGCCUGGAGCGCCAGCAGGAGCACCAGCAGCGGCUGCAGCAGGAGGUGCUGAUGACGCUGCAGCAGCUCAGCUCCACCGUGAGCCACGGGGCCGUGCCAGCCAACCAGCCCCGCGGCCCCUUCAGCAGCAUGGCCGAGCCCUCGCCCACCCUGCCCAACUUCAGCCAGUUCAAGAUGGAGCUGAUGUGAGCUCCCGCAGUGCCGGUGCGCUCCAGUGCUGUGCUGAUGGAGCCAGGAGGAAGAACCACCUCUCAGAGGCUGCCCGAGGAUUACGUGCAGCACCCAGCAGAGAAGGUCCCUGGUGCCUCGUGUUCUCAGCCCUGCUGACUGGAAGGGGCUGCCUGGCACGAGGGGCUGGGCAGUGGAAGGCUGAGGCUUCACUCCUGUGCUGCUCAUCCUGGCUGGUGCUGGAGCUGGCUGGCGGCCCCCUAAGAGGGACACAGCAGGGAGGUGGGACUCAAAGGAAACAUGAGGCUUCCUGCUCAUGAGGGUCAAUCAUGAGUGCUGUGAUGGUCAAUCACAGGAACACCUCCUGUCCUCCCUCUGCAGAACGUUGUUCAGUAAAAACCUAUUUACACCAUGA